GGUAAAGUGCGCCCCGGUAUCCGCCCAUAUUCGCGUAAAGGAGGCCAACCUGAGCAGCUAGGCCGGACGCUGGAUCAAAUGGAAAGUUCAAUCGAUUAAUUUGUCCACUUUUUCGCAUGUUCCCGCUUGCUUCUGAAACAAGGUAGACCGACUUAAAUGCGGGCGUUUCGCAGUGAAAUAGGAAAUGCAGAGAUCGUGUGAAACGAGGGGAUUAUCAGCUUGACUUAUUUGGUCGCUACUUCGGACGCGGAACUCCACUCGCUAAAAGGUGAAUCAUGACAGAAUAUAAGCUGGUAGUGGUGGGAGCUGGUGGCGUUGGCAAGAGCGCACUUACCAUUCAGCUCAUCCAGAAUCACUUUGUGGAUGAAUAUGACCCCACCAUUGAGGACUCCUACAGAAAGCAGGUAGUGAUUGAUGGAGAGACGUGUCUGCUGGACAUCCUGGACACUGCAGGUCAGGAGGAGUACAGCGCCAUGAGGGACCAGUACAUGCGGACAGGGGAGGGUUUCCUCUGCGUCUUUGCCAUCAACAACACCAAGUCCUUUGAGGACAUUCACCACUAUAGAGAACAGAUUAAGCGAGUGAAGGACUCUGAGGACGUCCCCAUGGUGUUGGUGGGGAACAAGUGUGACCUCCCGUCCCGGACAGUGGACACCAAGCAGGCUCAGGACUUAGCACGCAGCUACGGCAUUCCCUUUAUCGAGACCUCAGCCAAAACCAGACAGAGAGUGGAAGAUGCCUUUUACACUCUGGUACGGGAGAUCAGGCAGUACCGGGUCAAUAAGCUCAGCAAGGAAGAAAAGACUCCGCGCUGUGUCAAGCUUAAAAAGUGUGUUGUGAUGUGAAAGGGGGCGUUGAUGAUGCCUUUUACACGUUAGUGCGAGAAAUCCGAAAGCAUAAGGAGAAGAUGAGCAAGGAGGGCAAAAAGAAGAAAAAGAAGUCCAAGACAAAGUGUACACUUAUGUGAAUAAUCACCCCUUUUCAAGACAGACUAAAAAAGAGAAACUAUGUUGAACAGUUAAAGUAAUACAUUUUGUACAUUACACUAAAUUAUUAGCUCCUUCUGGAUACCCACCAUACUGAAUACUAAACCUGACCUGAAUUUUCUGCCUUUCUGUUAUUUGCUACUUUGACACCAAUAAGCUUUAUUUUCAGUUUAGUGCCAGUUGCCCACAUGUGUUGGUCCAACAGCCUGUUUGAUUUUAUUUUGGAUCAUUUUAUAUAACUGCAGAACCAUGAGCUAAUUGCGUCGCAGCUCAUGUUUUACAAAUUAUUCAUUAAUGACUUAAUUUUUUUUUCUCCUAUGCUUAAAAGGUUAUGACAUGCAGAAGUUCUGUAAUGCCCUUUUUAAAUAUGGGAUGCCAAAGAAAAGAAUUUCCAUCCCGAUUUUUGUAGACAAAACAGACAUGAAGAAAGGACCAACAUUCAGCCAGAUGAGAUCCAGAUGUCCCAGUCACUGUGUAAUGUCCCCUUCUCUAAUGACCUCUAGGUAUGACUUAGUUAUGUCACUGAUAUAAGUAUGCAUGCGAACUCCUACUAUUCUCCGAAUGUUUUAAUACCGUAAUUAGCUAUUAAUUUGCAAUUUGUCAAUGCUUUGUACUUUGUGGGGAGUGAUUUCUUGCCUACAUGAGAAGUUUUUUUUUUCCUUCUUAUUAUUUUUGCAUGCAUUGUGUCCUAGGUGACAUGGGUAUUGCAAACUGCCUCUGGUUGAUACAUUUAACAGAGCCAGCAAUGAGGAACUCUAUCCCAAGUCUAGCUUUUCAGGUUUAUAAACAAUAAUCAAUAUUUUCUUUUGCGAGAAAGACAUUUUCUUUUUCACUUGUCAUUUGUCUCGCUGUUGUUUUUUUUUGCGUGAUAAAUGACAGAUUCAAAGAUCCAUGUUGAUCUGGAUUUUUACCCGUUUUGUGAUAAUGAAAUGGGACUAGGAGUCAGGUUUUUGUUUUGGUCAGAGUCAUUUUAUGUUGCAGGGAUUGAUGCCACGUCACAGGCUGAUGCUGAAUGGCUUGUUUGACCUCGCUGGUCACAUAUUUCCUGCUUUUCUUUACUCUAAGGCUUGACUGCAGGAUUGUUUUUAUUCAUCCUGACAAUUAUCAUUUUAUUGCAAUUUGUUACACAUUGUUGUCCUGUCAAUAUUCUGACAGAGGACGUAAUGUUUAAACAGAUUGUUUGUUUGGUUAAAUACUAAAUAGUAAAUUUGUGAUUCUCCAGUAGCUCGCCAAAUAGGUGUCAUGCCUUGCACAUUUUUCUAAGCCAAUGGCUCGUUUGCUUGUGAUUGGCUAGGAAGCAGAAUGCAUCUUUUAAGCAGCUUUCAGGAAUAUUUCUCUUGGUGUGGUGUCAAAGGGGUUGUUAAAAAUGUCCAAAUGGAUUUUCAGAUUCUUCCUUAUGUGGAGCUUUUGAAAGAGUUUUUGGAUUCAUUUCCCAAAGUGUUGAAAUUUUUUUUGGUGGGCUGCCUUUCAACACAAACGAUUGUCCAACAGAAUAAUUUGUCAUUUUCUCUCACCAGGCUCAUGUAUCGUGGUGAUGUAACUGGAACUGAUGUUUGUAAAUGAGGCAGUAAUUGCCAUAAAAUCGGUUUUUAGAGAAAAUUGUCUGAAUUUAUAAAAAAAAAAAAAAAAAAGAGUCCUAGUUUCUUUCCCGGGUCAACCCAUAUUUCACCUUUUCCAUCAUAUUUACAAGCUGUUCCCAGGGGAAUUUUUAUUUGCCUUUUAUUGUUUGCAUUAGGUGCUACAUUUAGACGGUAGAGAGCCGAGACAACAUUUACUUUGUCCUGUUUGUGCUCAAAUAGACAAAAUGCUGUUUUAGGGGAGUGUUGGUAUUGA